CAGACGGCCGCCAUCUUGACGAGCAGCGCCAUUGCCUGUGCGUGCGUGCAUAUACGUCGCACACACGCGCACCGCUCCCCAGUGUGUGGUAGUUGGACUGCGGAGGCAGUGCAAACCUCUCUCAGCCUGAGUAAAACAAACUCACAUCAUUCAACACGAAUCGCCCUUUGGAAAUUCAGCAAAGCAUCAAUUUUCAAUCACCGCACAGUCCGUGUAUCGCGAGUGCGCGCCUUGUACAGUUAGAAAACAAUUAAUUCGCGUGUUGUGAAACUGUUAUUGCCCCGCAUCUGGCCGCACGGGCGUGCGCGCGACUGUGUUGGUGUGCUGCUGGCGCGUAAGGACAAGGGAUAUAUUCCGAUAUUUACCCGUGUGCGGAGUGUGAGUGCGUACGUACGUAUUCGAUCGCGACUUUGAGCCGAGGACGGACGUUCGCCUAUUGUGGCCCGGGGUCGGCGGGGCCCCGCACGCGCACCUCCAUGGCGUGUUUACACACGCUCAAGCAGGAGAUUCGCACGCUCGAGGAGAUCUUCCCGAAGCACCACGACCGCUUUCAGAUUGUCUCAGCGAGCGUCGACGAGCUCAGCUGUCGUUUCAUCGGCAAGAAUGGCAAGAAAUACGAAAUACACGCCAAUAUCACCGAGACAUACCCAUCAGUGCCGCCCGUAUGGUUUGCUGACUCAGAGGAAACCAGCAUAACGAACGCCGUGCAGAUUCUAUCCAACACCGAAGGGCUGGAUAACCACGUCCUGCACCAGGUGUCAAUACUGCUCAGAGAAUUAUGUCGGCUGCACGCGGUGCCCGAACCGCCUGACGUCAACCGACUGGUGAUACAACAUCCACAGAUUACGAAUAGUCGAUUAAGUGGUGUGGAACAAAUGGAAGAUGAAGGACUAGACAGUGAGCAAGAUGCUGAAAUGGUUGAUUCAGAAGCGGAGGCUGAGGAUAGUGACGCUGAAGAGGAUCUAGGAAUGGAAAUGGAUGAUGGGCGGUCGAAGAAUGAAGAGAUGGGCGUGGAGAAUCUCGCGACACUCGAACGCCUGCGGCAGAAUCAGCGCAAAGAUUACCUCAAGGGCAGUGUUUCCGGGUCGGUGCAGGCGACCGAUCGUCUGAUGAAGGAGCUGCGCGAUAUCUUCCGCUCGGAGUCGUUUAAGGCGAAGAUGUACGAGAUUGAGCUGGUGAAUGAGUCGCUCUACGAGUGGAACGUUCGUCUCAUGGCGGUGGACCCCGACAGUCCGCUAUCGCACGAUCUCGCGUUGUUGAAGGAGAAGGAGGGCAAGGAUAGCAUUCUGCUGAAUAUGCUCUUCAAGGACACGUAUCCUUUUGAACCGCCGUUCGUACGCGUCGUAUAUCCAAUCAUAUCAGGUGGUUAUGUAUUGGUGGGCGGCGCAAUCUGCAUGGAACUGCUCACGAAGCAGGGCUGGUCGUCUGCGUACACGGUGGAGGCGGUAAUCAUGCAGAUAUCGGCGACGUUGGUCAAGGGCAAGGCGCGGAUACAGUUCGGCGCGCCCAAGGUCUGCUCACAGGGACAGUAUAGCUUGGCGCGAGCGCAACAGAGUUUUAAAUCACUCGUACAGAUACACGAAAAGAACGGUUGGUUUACACCACCGAAGGAAGACGGCUAAGAAGACUGCAUCAUUAUCAUCCACACCUUUCCCAAAACACACACACCAACACACAAACACACCCACUACUAUAAUAAAUAAAUAAUUUACGCGAUUAGGUCGGAAAAUCCAAAACGAGCGUGAUUUAUUCGAAUGCAUAUUGUCGGCGCGGCCAAUCAGAGGCAUGUCGAAACACAUUCACAUUCGUCGCGAUAAUAUUUACACAAUUCUAGUGCCUGAGUAUAGCGCACAAUCGAAUGCCGCCGCCAAACACUGCUCAGGUGAUCAUGAUGAUGAUGAUGAUAUGCUGGUGGAAAUUAAUCUAAAUGCGUUAUUUUGUAAAACGUAGCCGUAGCAUUAACGAUCUAGCGUAAAAAAAAACUAUGAAAAACAUUAACAAUGGCAUGAUAGCAUGGUGUAUCUGUGAUUUAUAUCUAUACAAUUAAUAUUAGUUGAUAGUUAUCGUACACGUGUAAGUUAAUCAUUUACGCUUAGUUGUACUUUUAAGUUUAGACGGCCGCCGCGGAGUGUUUGGUGGCGUUUAACGAAAGCAAUGCGGACGCAACGAAGAAAAUUGGAGAUUUUCUUUCUUUUUGAUUUUAAAUGAAUUUACACAGGAUUUUGUGAAUGCUUGACUCUGAUUGGUGCGCAAUAAUUGAAUUGAGAUUUCGGAAGGGUUAACUAUACUUGUGAUGUUUAUAUUGAUACUAAUUUAACGAUUUUACUUAGAGAAUGAUUACGAUUCUUUCAGUCGCGCGACUUAUUUCUUAUCGUAUAGUAAUAAUGGCAUAAUCGUGAGUAUCGUAUCGAAUUAAUUUACGUUUUUUUAUUUAGAUUUUUUCGUUUUUUCUUUGUGCGCUUUGUUCUGUUCUCUGCUCGCAAGCAAAUCGAUGCAAUAAUGAUGUAACAAGAUAUGAUUGAGGAGUAUACACACACAUAACACACCUGCGCCCACUAAACAUGAUGAGAACCUAAUCGUAAAGACAAGAAUAGACUUAAUUUUGUAAAUAUGUAUCUUAACUAGUAAGCGACAAGAGUAGGCGGGUGUACUCGAUAGGGUACGUGCAUAAUACACACACUGACACUCACCACCAACACACACACACUCUGCAGACUUUUACCGAUGUUCAUCGAUUCAUUGUAGUCUUACGAUUUAAUAAUUGCGGCCGUUUCGACUGGUUUUUUGCUCGGUUUGCGUUCGGUGUGGUUGUUUUCCACAUGAAUAUCGAAUCUCUCUCUCGCGCUGGACAUGCAGCCAACAACUUAGCCGCCGCCACCCCCCUCUCUACCCUUCUCUACCCGUUUAUCCGACGAGUUUAAAUAUUAUUCUUUCGUACGAGGAUUACUUAUUCUAAUAUAAAUACUAUUAUAUAUGAUAUAUGAUUGGAAAUAUGAAAAACAUUGCUGUAAAUAUUACUUAUAAAUAAUACGAUGUGAGUAUGUGGCUUUUAAGUUUAAUAAAUUACACAUUAAUUCAA